AUGGCAGAUGAGACCCUCCCAUCUCAGGUCAUCAUCAACCAAGCAUUUGAGACGACAAUUUAUGCCGCAGAUGGAACCGCCAUACCUUUCGGCUCUUUAUUCAUGAACGACACCCAUGGCCAAGAACGCAUCUUGGUCAUUUUUAUCCGUCACUUCUUCUGUGGAAAUUGUCAAGAAUACGUUCGGCGCCUGUCGUCUAUCGACUCCCCUUUCCACCCAUCGCAUAAGCUCGCACACUCUUCCAUAACUCCCCAUUUUUCCAAGCCCACCGCUCGUGCUCUCCCUCGAGUGAUCAUCAUUGGUCCCGGCCUUCCCACUUUGAUUCCCACCUAUCUCAACAUCACAGCAUGUUGCUUUCCCGUCUAUUCGGACCCUUCCACCGCCUUGUACGACCUCUUGGGCAUGCAUCGCACUUUCUCCUUGGGACAUAAAGCACCCAUUUAUAUCCAGCAUUCCUUGGUUACCGGAGCCGUCAAAUCGGCCGUACAGAUUGUCAAACGUGUCGGCAAUGGCGAUGCUCUGGGUGGCGGGUAUUGGAAUGUUAAUGGAGGCGAAUUUUUGUUCGUCCAGCCCGCCUGGGAACAUUCAGCUGUGGCCAAACCAACGUCAAAACCUCCUGUGACCUACGUGAGGCCUCCUGCACAAAACAAGUCUUCUCUCGGCAAAGACGCUGCCGCUUGGAGUCUGGCAUGGUGUCAUCGAAUGAAUAAUUCCCGAGAUCAUACAGAGCUCAACGAAUUGCACUACCACACCUGUUUCCCACUACCAGUCUCCCUAUCCACCCCCAACUCCACUUCCUCACAUCAAGCACCGUCUCCUCCACGCUCUAUUCUAGUCAAUGCCAAUCACCCACCUCAGCCGGUCAAAUCUCAUACCUUUCCAAUUACCUCGGUUGGAUCAGGAUCGACAUUGACAGCUUCGAUGAGGGAAUGUGCUGGCGCAUGCCCGGGGCCUGAUGUCCACAAAUCGCGAGGAGAAAUCCACAGCCAUCGACAAAGAUCACAAUCCCCGGCCCUGGGAUCGUCCACACGCAUCAGAAGUCGCAGCACAAGCACCCGGGCGCGAUCACCGGAGAACAAGGGCAGUACUGGAGAGUCUACCCGCCGAGACACCUCUCUGACUCCCACGAGCACGCACCGACAUAAUGACCUGCGGCCAUUUAUGAAUUCCACCCCCAAUUCUGACACGGUGCCUUCACAAUCAAAGAACAGCUUCAAUGAUAUAAUGGGGCGGGUCGGAGGCUUGGUUCGUAGUAAAUCCGUCUCAGCCAGAUCCAAGCCCAAGAUCGAGCUACUUGUCCCAGAAAAGGACAGCGGGCCCAAGGAAGACAUCAACAACUCCCUAGACUUGACACGACGCCCAUCGACCUCAAAGUCGGCCACGAGGUCCAGGUCAUCGUUGUCUAUCUCGCGGCUGGGGUCCUUGGUCAGCAGGACGUCCACGCCGACGCAUCUGGUCAGGUCGAGAUCUAAACGGGCAAGAUUACACUCGACUCGCAAGGAUGAAUGUUUAGACAGCCCUAAUGGUACGAUGGUGAUAGAUGGGGUGGAAUUUGUCAAUGUCAUUAGUGUCCGAGCAAGACUUGAGGCAGUGGCAGCGACGGGACGAACUAUCUCCACCAAGGGUGAUCGAGCGGCAGAGAAGGAGAACCCACAGUCGGUACGGACUGUGGGGAUCGAGCUGGCUCCGGCACGGCCAUGUCGACAUUCGGGCCCCGAACAAAUGUCCAGUCUCGCGGGAAAACUCGAUCAGCAAGGAACAUCGGUCGUGUCACACAUGUCGACAGUUCCGGUGAUGACGGCGGUCGCAAGUCAUUGA